UCAAUAUUCUCCUUUGAUAUUAUUAUAUUUCAGUAUACUUAAUAUAUUAUAUUGGUUGUGUGAACUUACAGACCGCGUUUAUAAUAAUCUGCAAUAAAUACGAUCAGAGUAAGAAAGUCAAUCAAUCAGUCUUAUAUUUUUCUGGUUAGAUAAAGCCGAUGUGAUCAAUCGUGGCUAACACAGCCCGACAAUAAUGCCAGCUGCCGAACUAUAUCGAGAAGGAAUGUCCGGAGACCCUGAUAAACAUAAACAGCAACAGCAUCUUUCCUUAUUGAAAGAAGAAUAUGUUAAACUCCAAGCUUAUUGCAAUGAAUUAGAAAAAAAACAUGCUACAUUAGCUGCUACAUAUGGCGAUUGUAAUGAUAAAAGUUUUGUUUCCAGACUUUUAAAAACAGUAACAACAUUAUAUAACAAUACUCUUUAUAGUGAUUUAAAUAUAGCAUUAGCUAAUGGUGAUGUUCCAGCUCACAAGUUUGUUUUGUCAUCUCGAAGUGAUAAAUGGGGAAUUCCUGAUUUAACUAAAGUUAAUUAUUUAGAUUGGACCACAUUGCCCUUAGAUGUUGGAAAAGCAUUGCUGAAAUGGAUCUACACUGAUCAAGUAGAUUUUUCUAAAGGUGAUAGUUUCACAUUAAGUCUAAUGAAAACAGCAGAUACAUUUGUCUUAGAUGAUUUAGUUAAUAAGUGUGAAAAAGCUUUAAUGGCUUCAGUAAAUGUUAAGAACUGUGUAAAAUUUUAUACAACUGCCGAUGAAAUAGGAGCUCAUACAUUGAAAGAACAUUGUUCAAGUUUAAUAUCAGCUCAUUGGGAUGAUUUUACAAGUGAUGAUUUUGCACAUAUGUCAGCACAAUUUUUAUAUCACAUGUUUAAGAGUAAGACCAAAUAUCCUCUGCAUUCAGCCGUUAGACUUCGAAGAGAAGAUGUUGUAUUUCUCUAUGUAGUUGAGCAUAGUUCCCAGUUGAACAUCAAAAUUAAUGAGCUGGAUAAUAAAGGUGAAUCGGCUUUGGAUUUAGCAUUACGUGAUCAUCAAACCAGUAUUGCAGAAAUGAUGUGCGAAAAUCAGGCUGAUCCAGAUAUUCGUGACCGAAAUGGAUAUACGCUUUUGCAUUUAGCCGUACAAAGAGGUGAUACGUAUGCCGCAAACUUUUUGUUGGCACAUGGUGCAUCAGUCAAUUCAGUCACUCCCGAUCAAGGUGAUACAGCUCUUCAUCUGAUUGCCAGUUCAUCGCCACAUUUUGGAUCCGAAGAUUCUGCAUUUGCUAUGACUGCCGUAGCCCGGUCUCUUCUCAAGUCUGGACUCGAUCCUAAUUUGCCUAACAGUCAAGGAUUUACACCUCUACAUUUAGCAGUAUUGGUUCACAACAAUGAUAUACUAACAUUAUUAUUAGAAUAUUCUCAAUCUGGAAAAAUUGACUUAAAUGCUCAAACAAUUGACGAUCAUACUCCAUUAUACUACGCAUUAAUUAAUACACUUAAGCUUGAUGUCGAUGAUAGCUUUGCAAAUCGUUUGGUUUCCUCUGGAGCAAAUCCUAAUCCAAUUUAUAAGAAAACAUCAAAUUCUAUGUUACACAUUGUUGCCGAUGAAAGUCUUGAAGAAGCUGCUCUUUUCAUUACAUCUCACUGUAAUAACAUUAAUUACACAAACAAACUAGGAGAAAGCGCAUUACAUGUUGCAUGUAAAAGAGGAUUAUCACGUCUUGUUCGACGCUUACUCGAAUUUCAAGCAAACCCAAAUUUACAAACAUUACCACCUGAUAGUGUUAUAUUGAGCACAGACAGUGGUCUGCAAACUGCAUACAGACUUACUCCCUUACAUAUAGCAAUAAUUAACAAACAGGAAGGAGCUGUUAAUGCUAUGCUUCACUAUCACAAUACCAUUACAGCAGAACCUAAAGAAGGAUUUUCUAUAGUCAAUUUAAAUCUACGUGAUUCACUAGGGGAUUCACCAUUAUCUUUAGCAUUAAAAUCUGAUAUGCAACACAUUGUACCUGAUCUCAUUGCUGGUGGUGCUGAUAUUGACAUGCGAAAUGGAGAAGGUUUGACACUUUUGCAUCAGGCAAUAUUGAAAGGUGAUGAAAAAACAGCUUUAUAUUUAGUGAAACAAGGAUCAAAUUUUGAUUCAAAGACACAAGAUGAUCAGACACCUUUAGAACUUGCAACAAUUAGUGGUCAAAAUAUUGUUGUCGAAGAAUUAUGUAAGCGUGGAGUAGAUAUGGCAGUACCGUCAUCAAAUAGCGAUCCUAUUUUAUGGCUUGCUUUAACUUCUGAGCAAGAAGAUAUUGCUUCUACUCUUGUCAAGUAUGGUGUAGACACAGAUUCGUGGAGUGAAGGGCCAGAGGGAUGUUUGCAAACUCUUCUGCAUCGAGCAAUUGAUGAAAAUUCUGAAAGUGCUGCUCGUUUUCUUAUCCGAAGUGGCUGUGAUAUAAACAGCCCUAGAAAACCAGGGCCUGGUGGUCGUGGUGGCGAAGAAUCAAAAGAUCAAUCAUCUCCAUUGCACUUAUGCUGUCAUUGGGGCCUACAAAGUGUAGUUCAGACAUUAUUAGAACAUGGAGCUAAUGUUAAUGCUUGGGAUGCAGAACACAAAACUCCGCUUCAUGUGGCAAUUAAAAACCAACAUGCUGGAAUUAUUACAUUAUUACUUUGUCAUCCAUCAAUUGAUUUAACUAAGAGAGAUCGUACUGGGCUUACACCUUUUGCAGCUGCUCUUACUUGUCGUAAUGACAAAGCUGCUCGAUCAAUUUUGGAUAAGUUACCAGCUGCUGCUGAACAAUUUGACAACAAAGGGUGCAACUUUUUACAUAUGGCUAUUCAAAAAGGUGAUAUUGAAAGUGUAUUGUUUUUACUCUCUGUCAAUGUAGAUGUUAACUCAAGAGUUCAAAAUGAAUUACAAACUACUCCACUACAUUUGGCAGCCGCAACAGGCAAUGAAAUGUUAGUGCGCAGUAUCAUUUUAGCUGGAGCCAGGGUAAAUGAUCAAGAUACAAUGAAAAGAACAGCAUUGCAUAUAGCUAGUGAAACAGGCCAUGCACCAAUUGUGAACGCCUUGUUAACCAAUAAUGCCAAUUUUGAUGCACUUGAUUGUGAAGGACAAAAUGCAUUACAUAUUGCAUGUCGCGAAGGUCAUUUACAAGUUGUACAAACUUUAUUGGGAGAGUCCCAAAUCAAUGCCGAAGCAUUAACUCUUAAAUGUCGAAAUCCACUUCAUGAGCUGGCUAAACAUAGUAAGGAAAGUGCUGCUGCUAUAUGUGAAGUAUUUUUAGAGUACAUGCCAAAGUAUCCUCUUGAAGUACAAGAUGCCGAGGGAAAUACAGCAUUACUAUUAGCAUAUAUGAAAGGCAAUGGCAAUCUAUGUAGAACUUUAGUAAAAGCUGGUGCAUGUGUUGGAGCAAUGAAUAACGAUGGUAUUACUAUAUUCAACUGUCAGAUGGCCACUACUCAAUUGUUGUCUAGGUUGCUUGAUAGCUUAACAAAAGAACCGCCUUGGGUUGAUGGAUGUGAAGUAUGUCAGGAAUGUGGUUUGAAAUUUGGUUUUACAACGCGUAAGCAUCAUUGUCGUCAUUGUGGUAGAUUAUUAUGUAGCAAAUGCUCUACUCAAGAAGUUCCUAUCAUUAAAUAUGGGCUAGUGAAACCAGUUCGAGUGUGUGGGUCUUGUUUUCAAGUUUUACAAGGCUGUUAAAGGAUACAUUGUGACUAUGUCACUCAUCUGUUUUGAUAUUAUUCAUUUUGAUACUAUAAGUGCGAAUUUAUAUCUAUUUCAACGAUUUUAAUUUAUUUUGCACCCACAAUAAAAACCUUCUGGAUCUUUAAUAUAUUUAUAAAAUAGGUAAUUUAUUAUUUUAUUCCAAAAUGCAGUUCAAUAAUUUCU